AUUUGGCCCUGCUGCCAGAGCUACACACGUAACUGUAAGGUCUGGCACACAGCGUAAACCAUGUAGGACUUUUCCAGAGUGCAAAUGAAUCAUUGUAGGAUAGUUCAUAGUAUUGCAUGCGUUAGGACAUGGUCGGUCGGAGAAUGUAAGAGAUUCGGAGCGUUAGAGCAGUAGUUAGCUAUUUCAUACUUAUGUGGGGUAACAACACGUUUGUAUUGACAUCAUGGAUUGGGAUCUCGACUAUCGUAGCACGUUCGAGAGACUGCACGCUGAUUUGGUAAAGACUCGGGCGGACGCUAGGAGUCAACUUACACUUCUUCUGGACAGUGCUGGCGAUCUAGAUAGAUUCGACAGCAACACUGUACGAGACAACGACCGGCAUGUUAUGUGGCAGGAAGUAGCAAACGCUGUGGUCACCUGUGUGGACAAAGAGGCUACCAUUGCAAAGAAGAAGAAGGCCACGGCUGAUCCCUACAAGAAUCUGCGGGAAGCAUGCGAGCUGUUACGCUUGGUGCUGAAACUCUCGGCACGCCACGGAUACCCACUUAUUCCUAUGGAGAGUAUGGAAAAACUUGUCAGUGAGCACAUCACACCGAUUAUAACCGGUGAAGCUGCGUACGGUGCCAUACCCGUCCUGUCGAUCUAUCGAGGAAUGUUAUCAGAGUAUAUACUACCAGUGAUUGACUACAUCGGCACCAUUAGUGACAGCGACUGGACGAAGAUGUUCUCAUUCUUCGCCACGACAUUGCGUGACAAUACUUCACCGCGCGAUAGAGAGAAUCUGUGCAAGGUGGUUCAUGCGUUGAUUUAUUAUGAGGGUAUUCGACUCGCGAGUGUAGCCAGGUAUGUUACAAGCUGCCUCACAGCCUUCUUCAAAGCUAAUUGCGGGGAGGGUCUCUCGACUAAACUGAUGCUCAAUGCGGCCACUCACUUCUGCCAGGCGGUAGCAUUGGAUCUGCCUGGUGUAGUUAGGAAGUUGGAUUCCUAUGUCUCCCCAAACCUUGUAUCCUUGUGGGAUACCCGCAGAGUUGAGCUGAAACAUGAAAUCGUACAGUACAUACGUUUUCGAAUGAGAUUCUAUAGGCCCGCUCGACCAUCUCAAUCGCCUAGUCCGGCCACUUCGCACCGACCUGCUGGGUCCCGAGUAGUUCCUUUAGACAGACACAUUACCAACGUAGUACUUAAGGAGAUACCGAGCGAAGAUGGAGUGUACAAAUGUGUGCUGCGCGAUUUAGGUGAACACGUGGAACGUACCUCUCGGGUACACAACGCCGUGCCGUUCAUUGGUAGACGUACAACAACAUCGACGUACAGUACCAUAUCUGCCUAUGAGCACCAGUGCUACAUGGACAUGGCCGCGGACGUUCUGUUCUUCCGGGCACCUGAGUGUUUCUUUCCCGGCAUGUCGACUACCAUGUAUGUUGAUGAUAUGCCCCCUGGAAAGGCCCAGAGUCAAUCUGGCGGCACUAUAUCGCACCCUGCGGAAGGCAUAGAACUGGAUCUUGAUCUGGGUAUUACGGAUUUCGAUACAACUCUGCCCUCAAAUAGUAGGUCUUUUGCGCCAUCAAACGCGCUUUUAGGGCCUGUAGAGUUGGCUCAAGAGUUGGUGAGUGGUGAUCUCCUCGCGAUCGGAAUCACAAGGGCGUUGGCUGUAAAGUUUCCCAGUUUGUCGGCUGAGUGCAAGAUAGGAUGGAUCCGCACAAUGGUAGAGGUACUCGCAAAAAGUCACCAAACAAAGAACGAGACAGAACGCGUUUCUGCUGCCGCGUAUGCACUCGAGGGUUUGGCGAUGGCCUGCGAUUACCGGGGUGAAAUGGUAGAAGUCCAAACUGAAUUGUGGGGAAAGGUGGUAUCUGAACUGGUAGCAGCCUAUCGCAGGGUCGCCAGCGCCGGGGUGGGUCUCUUCGGUGAGAAGCAACAGGUGUGCACGAAUAAUGUGUUGUAUUCUUUGCAGAGUAUCGUGCAGCAGCGCUUGCCGGCAGCAGGCGCGAUUGCUGAACUGCUUGAUCAGUUAGUGGAUAUGUUGCAUACAGCUGGGGCCAAGCCUACCCGUGUAUCUGUCGAUCUUGUGAUGUUGGUCAUCCGUUUGGAGGGGAAUACUUCGGCUCAGCAUACUGGAAGUAGCGGAGAUAUGGGCACGAACGUGCUUCUUAGCGAUGUGCUAGCACUAGGAGGGUCAUCUGUGAAGCCUAAAUUGACCGCCUGGCUUUUGUCAGCCCUGCAAAACUCGCCCAAAGAUGCACAGCGUAGCCGACGACCUGGUGGAGAAUAUACUAGAGAAGCCCCGGACUUAACAAUGGGCGAUGCCCAGGCCAUUGGUGCAGCACUUUUUGCACUAUCGUACCAGAAUGGGGCACAAUUCUUUUGUCCGGAAAAAUUAGCAGAUGGCGUGAUGGAAGGUGGCGAGGCGGAUGGCUGUUAUAGUUAUCUAGGGGUUACUCCUCGAGUGGAAAGAACACAGCAACAUACGAGAAAGUAUAUGAAGUUGUGCACGUUAUUGCCUUCGUUGGAUAGGGACAAUGUACGCUGGGAGGAGAAGAUGCUGAGCCUGGUAAACGGAAUGUUUGCACUCGAUGAGGGUGUUGGUGUCAUUCUGAGCGAGUCACCUACAACACAGAUGGAGCAGAGGGAGCAGGAAUCAUGUAGACUGUCGCCUACUGUGAUACCAGCGCUGGAAACUCAAGUGCUAGAAACGCUCUAUGCAGCAGAGAAAAAAGGAGAAGAGACGCCGAUGCCAGCAUCCUCUUCAAGCACCAAUGAACGUGAUAUUGCGAUUCGCGAUGAUUCAACUGGACUACCUUACAAGUUUGGCCAUAUUGCGAUACUGUUGACGUAUACAGCCAUGUCCGUGCACUUGGGUGGUAUGAUCUUAGCCCCAGGGCACCCCCUCACAACACUUUUAUCGACAAGAAUGGCGGAGAUAGUAGCGACACUCCGACUGGCCGAAAGCAAUCCUAUCGUGUUAGAAGGCACGGCCAAGUUGAUGGAGAUGCUAUUUAAUAUACCUUGUGCCCACGACAACCUUGAGGAUCACAUGCACGCAACUUGGGAUGGCGAGGACACUUGUAUAGGGAUGAUCGAAACCCUUCAAACCAUAGUAGAGUUGUCUUGUACCCAAUUGCUGAGCGAUGUAAGUAAUAUCUGCCUCGCAGCAGUCAGACUGCCGUGGGACUUUACUGUAGUAGUGGCCCAGGACAAUUCUGUAGAACCCCGAAGUAAGAAGAAACGCCGUCUGAACAAUGGGAUGCUGCAGGCUCAUGACAGUUUUGGCGACGAUAGUGAUAGCGAUACGGAGUUUGCAUCGAGUGCGAACAGCCGGAUGAAGUAUAAGGCAGCCGGUCUAGUUCCAUCGCGUGUGCAUGCUGCAUCUCGCGGUGGUCUGGCUCUCCCCGCAGCCGGUGAUGUGAUACGGGAAAUACAUGGCAAGACGGCCAUGAUCCCCAUUUUGCGAACAUUGAAAGCUGUUUUGGGUGGCGUGAAAGCCGGUGGUAGUAUAUGUAAAAGUGCCGUUGCGACCGACAUCGAUAUGGCUCUAGGAGAGACACUGACGAGGGAGGUGCGUGACAAGACUACUCUGUUGCUGAUGCCCUUCUGGCAUGCACUCUCUAUGGCUUUGCCGGCCACUUAUGCGGAUCAUGUGAUGAUGGGCACCCAGGGUUUUCUUCAGCACUGGAACACACCUCCCAUGCAACUCUAUGCGCUUACUAUAAUCUCAGAAAUCCUUCCAGAGGUCAUGGCGGCAGGUGUGACACGGCAGCAGUGUGCAUCAGAGGAUUCAGCCUAUAGUAUCCUGGUAUUUCUACUGGAUACAGGGUUCAAUCACUUGUUCAAUGAGCAAAUGUUGGUCGGGCCUGAGCGUCUUCUAUAUCUGCGUUGCUGUGGUUACUUUCUUGCUUUUCUGCCAAUCUCCGGUGUUGAUAUCAGCUCUGAGACUCCAGGAGCUGAAGUGAUAAUCACUAUUGGAGAGGUAAUCGAAGCGGCACUAUUUGAUAGCAGUUUCCAACUUCGUGUACUCGCCGGGGAAGUCCUAAGCCCCUUCCUGCGGCUGCGCUCGGACGAGAGUCAAGUCGUAUACAUCACAGCCUUCAGGCGAGAUAUAGAGGAACGGUUGCAGUCCACAGUUGGAACCGAUCGUAUCAGUGCAAGUGUACUAGAAACAAGCAUGCAUAAUCUCAUGCUGGUGGGAACUCGCUGUCAGUGCGUGGCGAAGAUCUGCUUCUCGUUUAUGCUGUGGGUGGGACAUCACAAGGCCCCCUACACGCUGGUGGUUGACGAAAUCCUUGGUUUUUCCUUACUACUUGAUUAUAGCACCCCCGAAGAGAUCUACGCGGAAUUCGUCCCUUUCGCUCUCUAUGACUGGGUGUACAAGUUUGAUAUCAUAUUGGAAGAUUUUCCGGCUCCGGCUUUAGGUUUCAGCUCGUUUCGGUCUCUCUCUACCGAAUUCAUCAGCGAUAUCGUGGCGCUGUUCUUUUACAAGGGAACAACAAACCUGCUGGACCGGGUUGCCAAGCUGUUUUGUAAGCAGUGCGCCGAUCUUUUGCUGGAGAACUUCCCCAAGGUGCACGCUUUUGCCUUGCCUCAACUCUGCAGUGAGGGUUAUUCUGACGAAAGUUUUGCCGAGCUUUACAAGGAUAUUGGAGCACACCGAUGUCUCGAAAUCAUAACCGACGAUCCUGAAUCUCUCAUCGUCGAGCUGCUGCUUACACUAUACGAACCCUCACCAGCAAGUGAUUCAACUACUGCAACCACAACAGUCGAUGUCCCACAGCCACGCAGAGAGCCGCACGACAUUCUGCGAGCUAUAUCCUCUGCAUUUGCUUAUAAGUGGUUGGGACGGUCGAGUGAUCCUGUGCCACAGCCCCCGACUUGCGACUCGACCAGUAUGCUUGUUAGCCUGAGUCAGAUAAAUCGCCUGAAAAUCGGCGCGGGUGAUAUAAAGGCAGAGUCUGUGCGCAGCUCUCCAGGUGUGGCCGCUGUCGUGCUGAUGAAGCUUGGAAAGAAGCUGGCGGAGUGCAAUUACCCACCCACACGCCGUCGCCUGCUGUCCGCACUCUCGUUAUAUUUAAAUUGGAUCGGCUCGUUGUUGGGUAACAAUUUAGUUUACCGAUCGGCCGUGAGCAUACAGCUGUCGUGCCUUCAAAUAGAUGAGUUCAUCUUUAGAGAGGAGUGUAUCGACAUGCUGGCGAAUACAUGUGCAUUUGGUUUAGAACACAGUCCAGACGAGGCUGGCCGGCUGCUGUCUCUGGUCCUAUCCGCUCUUCUGCGCAUAAGCCAUCCGUACGGUGCCGUGAAUUGUAAACUGCCUGGUAGUGCAGAUUCGGAUGUUGAUAACAUAUCUAUGUGUGCGAACGCCGAUACUACCAGUUCGGGUAGUACGAGAGUCGCCGUUGCAUCAAGAACUACAGAAAAGGCUACGAAUUUGAUCAAACAGUUGCUCGUGGAUAAGAGUAUAGAGACGAACACACUGUACUACACGCACCUACAGCGAACGGAGCCUUUGCCUGAGUGCACACACUUCGUCGCCGCGAACAAGACCCUGCGCAGAGCUUACGGCAAGCUCAGUCUCAAGCAAGAGAUUCGGCGCUUUAUUGAUAACGGUCGCACACUCGAUGCCGGGUCGCGCCUGGCAGGCAUCAAGCACUUGACACAACAGCUGCGGGAAAGGCGUGAUAAGCUGAACAUUCUCGCGGCUACUGAGGACGAUGAUAAUGUAACGGUUCUACUUGCUGAUCUAGUGAGCUCUCUGAUUACGAUGUGCCGGCCUGAGGUUCCUCCAGACGUGCAACUGGCAGCGGGCAGUUGUUUGGGUGAGGUGGGCUGUAUCGACCUACGUGUGCAGGCAUUUAGAGAGAGCCGGUUGCUAGGUGAACAUAGCGAGGGGAGCAAACUUGCUCGAGCGAUAUCCGAUUUGCAGCAGAACACGCUGAGUUCGCGGAACGCCAGUCGCGCAGUGAAGCAAAGGUCUGCGUCCCGUAAGAGUACGCAGGACAUAGAUGAAGUGAGUGGAGAACAGACUUCGAGUGGACUGGUGGCUGAGCAGUCGAAGGAGUCCAUCGCUAAGCUGAAGGAAGUUCGGUCCUUGACUCUUCUCGCGAAACUUACGGAGUUCAUCGCGGAUCCAAACUCUUUGGUGGUGGAGGCAGCGCAGAAGAGUUUGUUCUGUUUGCUGGAACUGCCAGAGAUACAGACUGCUGUGCGGGAGAUAGAGAGUCUGGAGAAUACAGAGGAUGAAAGCCACAUAGCCAAAUACUUGGCACCGUUCCAGACCAGGCUAUUCACUAACCGGCGAAUGCAGAAGUACGCACGACUGUACAAGUACUUAGAUGAGAUCCGCGGGUCAACGGUCGAGACUUUGACACCCAAUUCACGGCAUGUGGGUGUCCGCAAGCUGCUCUCCUCUCUUAUGUUUCUGCCACAUGAUAUAUCCAUGUGGACGCGCGUGUUCCAAGAUAGCAACCCUCAACAAGAUCAAAAAUCACGAAAAGCUAGAGUCGACUACGUUGUAUGGAUACAAAGUAUCUGCUGCUCGCUGAUCCUAAAUUUUGGUGUCGUGGAUAAGAGUCUGCUGUCGUGCUACUUUGUCUGUCCGUACAAAUACGACUUCUGCGAAUUUCUGCUGCCAGAGCUGAUCUACUCUCUGCUCAAAGAAUCCCCGUCGCCCAGCGGUAGUCGUGUGCUUAACUCGCCAGACAUGUAUCGCCAAUUGUCCGAUGGUUUCCGUGCCUUCUUCAAACUUGCCGCAUCCAAAGUAGAGCACACGGCCGACGAGAAGAAGGCUGUGCGUGCCAUAUUAUCCGCGCUUGACCACCUGCGCCGUGUCAGUCUCCCGAUAGGGGGUAGGACUGUGUACGGGAGUGGGUGUGAUGUGUCGUAUUGGGAGUUAUCUAUGUCUAGUGCAGCUGCAUCGUUGACUGGCCGGAAGGGGAGUGGAAAGACUUCGAGAUCCAAGCGAAACUUGUCUCGUGCAAGCCUCGGCAGUGUUAUGAAUGUUGAUAAGCACGAAGUGGCACUCGACAUCGACUAUAAGAAAGUCGCCUUUGCUGCGUACAAUGCUGGCUCUUAUCUGUCUGCCCUUCUGUAUCUCGAGUUAUGGUGUGGCAUCACCAACAACCCCACACACAGCGCAACGUUCGACGCCAUGGCCGUCGUGGACAAGGAUCUCCCCGACCACAAGCGUUUGUUCCUUCACAUCUACAGCGCAAUCAAUGAACCUGAUAGCCUGACAGGUGCCAAUUUCUGUCUCAGCUACACGACACGUAUGCUGGCCCAAGAUCACCAACGAGACUACCUGGGCACAUUCUCGACAUCUGAUCUGGUUCUCAGCGACCAGCGAGCUCGAUUGCGCGAUAUGCACGGGGGUUUAGGUACAGAUAGAAUGGAGAGGAAAAGGGUUGGUCAUAACCCUAUCUUGGCGGCCAUGCAGAAUAUGGGCUAUGCGCAUGUGCUGGAAUACUACGCCGCCGGCCUUGUGGCCAAGCACCCGGAACUGGAGAGCGAGAUAGCCGAGUACCAGUACGAAGCUGCCUGGCGCCUAGGUCAAUGGGAUGCAAGUUUCUCCUUAUCCCCUACUCCUCGUUCACAUCCCCUAACGCGGCUCACAGAUGCAUCCUCGAUGGACGUAGAUGACCUUGUUACGGGUCAACAGAAGUCCAGAGAAGUGUUGCAGCAACUCACAUUUGUAUGUUUGAAGGGUCUGGCAGACAACAAUGCUAGUGUGUUCUCCAGCGCGGCACGGCAAUUACACCUCAUGGUCGUGCAGAAACUAGGCCAAGCGAAUCACGAGAAUAUGGCAGGCACGUAUAGUGCCCUGGCAUGGCUUAGCAGUCUGAACGAGAUGAAUGAGGCGCAUGCCCUUUUGCGUGCUACAAGUAGUAUUGGGAGCUUAUCAAGUCUAUCCAGUCCAUCAAAAGCGUCUAUUCAACGCACUGUAGUCACCCGGACAGCUGCCAAUGUGGACAGUAUGGUGAAAAUGUGGAACAAAAGGUUGAAUUGCUGGCGCAUGAAUGACUUUGCAUUUACUGAGCCUGUGUUGGCUGUCCGACAAGUGCUCCUGGGCAUCUUGCGGGUGCGGAGUGAGUUUGGGACUUCCGUAUUGUCGCCCAGCACAACCGCCAGACGAUUGCAAUUAGUCCAUCUCAGCGAAUAUUCCAAUCUGGCGAGCAACGCUGACCGAUUGCAUCUUGCCAGACAACUCAUAUUAGAGAUGCGUAGACUGAGUGUCGAUGUCCAGCUCCCAGUCCGUUCCCUGCAGGACUCAUCCAAUGCUAACCGGCACAAUAUUAGUACGACAACCGUCGGCAACACAGCGUCUGAGUUCUCUCUGUGGAUGCUACAAUCGGCCGAAGCCAGUCGGAAAGAGGAGCAGUGGGAAACUGCACUGUCGUGGCUACAUACUAUGAGAGCUCGCCUGUCUAAGGAUCGUACCGAUGUAUCACAUCACCAUCAACCCCUUGAUUCGGAGAAUGGAGACCUCGUGGCACUUGAUCAACUAACCGCAAAGGUUGCGUUGCUGGAGUGCAAGUGGAAAAGCAUCUUCCAGGCCGAUGGGCCAGAGGCGCAGAUCACUGAGAUGCAGCGGUGCAUUGCAGAGUAUGAACCCGUAUGUGAACCGGAAUCCUUGGCUGAGGCGUACCACACACUCGCCACAUAUGCGGACGGGCACUAUCAGUCCAUAAUUGAUAUGCUGGCGUCUCCGGAGUGGAAGGAGACCCAGCAGGUUAAAGUGUCCAUGAAGCAGAAUCUGACCCUAAUGAAGGAGCGCCUGAAUGUUGUGACCGCCGAAUAUAAAGACUUGGGCAGGAAGCUGAAAAUUGAUUUGAGCAAGAAGGUCUAUACUGAUCACAGACGAGAACAGACGGAUUGGAGUCACAAAUUCACCAAGCCCGUCGACAUUGAGUACAAAAAUCGUCUGGAUGUUGUACACGAUGAACGAGUACUAUUAACUCGUGAGAUGAAUCUGCGAAGCAGAGAGUUGAACUAUGAUGCUGGUACAGCUAAAAAGGUGGAAACAAAUCUGAACAACUUCUUAGGUGUGACCCUGCAGAAUUACAUGCGUUGCCUCGAAAUCAGUGGAAAGUACGAUAUCGCUGUUUUCAGGCUGAUGUCAAUCUGGUUUUCGAUCGAUCAAAAUAAAUUGUCUCUGUCGAAACUCUACACGUUGGCGAACAGUCUUAUGCGCAAGGAUCUACGGAAAAUACCUUCCUUCAAGUUUAUUCCGCUCAUCUACCAGCUGGCGGCCCGACUAGACUGGAGUGACGACCUGAAUAAUCCCAAAAGUGUGGCUUUUGCAUCCAUUCUGUAUCAGCUGGUAUAUAGACUAUGCGCCGAACAUCCGUUUCACGGGUUGACUGUCAUCUACGCUUUGAAAAAUUCAGACGUGAAUUCAUCCAUGGAUAAGGUAAACGCUGCCAAGAAAAUGCUGCAUGAACUUGGGAAGGAGAGCAAAAUCAGUCAUAUAGUGCAGGACACCUUAUCCCUGAGCAACGCGUACCAUGCCCUGGCUAAGGUUCACGUGCCAAAGACGGCAACAACAAUGGGCUUCGACACUUUGUCAGAAAACGAUCCCAUCAUGCAAGUGAAGCAAUUGAGGAUACCCAUCACUACUUGCCCACCGCCAGUCGACCCCAUGGCUGUGUACAAGGAUAUAAUUCGUAUUCACAGUUUUUCCAAACGAUACAACCUCGUUGGGGGCUUGCACAAGCCAAAGCAAAUCGAUUGCCUGGGCAGUGACGGUGUGAAGUACAAACAGUUAGUGAAGGAUCUUGAUGAUCUUAGACAGGAUGCAGUUAUGCAACAAGUCUUUCGCAUGGUGAACAAACUUAUGGUGAAAAAUAGCGAUACUAAGAAGCGCAAUCUGAUUGUGCGAACGUACAACGUGGUUCCGCUGUCACCGCAAACAGGCGUUCUUGAAUGGGCGAUGCAGACUACACCACUGAGUGAAUACUUGGUUGGAUCUGGCCGGAACGCUAACAACGGUGCGCAUCAACGUGUACGACCACAGGAUUGGCACACACGAUCGGUGCGCGAAAAGAUGUCUAAGGUGUCUGACAGCGACGACCGCAUCAAGCUAAACACGUUUGAAGAGUGCUGUAAGAACUUUCAUCCAGUGUUCCGGUGUUUCUUCCUUGAGAAAUUCCCGGACCCGAUGGACUGGUUUGAUAAGCGACUGCAGUACACGCGCAGUAUAGCCGCUAGCUCGAUAAUUGGUUACAUUCUAGGUCUGGGCGAUAGGCAUCCGAGCAACAUCCUCAUAGAUCUGAAGACGGCUCAACUGAUACACAUAGAUCUGGGGAUCGGCUUUGAGCAAGGCAAACAAUUGCCUAUGCCUGAACUUGUUCCGUUCAGACUCACGAGAGACUUAAUAGACGGGAUGGGCAUUCAAGGUGUCGAGGGCGUGUUCCGACGCUGCUGCGAGCAUGUGAUGGGCGUAAUUCGCGAAAACCAGGCGCUCCUGUUGACCAUUUUGGAUGUAUUCAUACACGAUCCGCUACACACUUGGUCUUUGGAUACGACCAAGGCUAUGAAUAUGCAAAGAUCGAAUACGCAAGAGUCCGCUGUGGUUGCUCCCAGUGCCAAAUCGAUCAAGUCUAAACAGGGCGAAGAACCCCGGAAUACUACCAAAGGACAUCGAAUACUACUUCGUUUGAAGGAUAAAAUGAGCGGAAGGGAGCAGGGUAUUUCUUACACUAUACGAGGUCAAGUCGAUCACCUUAUUAAGGAGGCGCAAGAUCCCAAGUUGCUUAGCAUCAUGUUUGCUGGGUGGCAAGCUUGGGUUUGAGUUUAAAGUCCAAUCUAUAUCGCGAAGUCAGUGGUAGUUGGAUCUAUUGUAAUUCGUUUUACAGCUUUUCAGCCGUACUGAAAACUUCAUAUCAGACGGUGGCAAUUCAAGGGUGGACAUAUCGUCUUCAAUCUAAACUAGCCUGCGAAAAAUGACACAGUGGUGCUAUGUGCUUCGCUGCUCCGCCGUGUGAUUCUCA